ACUAAAAAAGUUGAUUCAUGAUUCGUAUUCUUCAUUCUCCAUCACCAUCACAUCAUCAUCUCCCCUGACACACAUUAUUCCCACUUCCACAAACCUUUACCAAAAUCCUCAAUGAAUUCUCUGCAAAACCCUAUUUCUGAUCCUCACACAAUCGACCCAGAAUUACUUAAGAAACUGGUUCAUGAUGCUCUUGUUUGGAGUUCUCUUCAUGGUCUUGUUGUAGGAGACAGAAAUUCCCACAGAUCAGGAUUGGUUCCUGGUGUGGGAAUGGUUCAUGCCCCAAUUGCAUUGUUGCCAAAUUCAUUUCCAGAAAGUCAUUGGAAACAAGCUUGUGAAUUGGCCCCUAUUUUUAAUGAGUUAGUUGAUAGUGUUAGUUUGGAUGGCAAGUUCUUGCAGGAUACUCUUUCUAGAACGAAGAAAGUAGACGCCUUUACCUCCAGACUUUUAGAUAUACACUCCAAGAUGCUACAAAUCGGCAAGAAGGAGGAUAUUCGCUUGGGACUACAUCGAUCCGAUUAUAUGCUUGAUGAGAAAACAAAUUUACUUCUCCAAAUAGAACUGAACACGAUUUCAUGUUCAUUUUCUGGGUUAGGUUGUCUUGUCAGUGAGCUUCAUAGAAGCUUACUUUCUCAUUACAAAAAACCCCUUGGGCUUGAUUCGCAUAAAAUUCCGGUAAACGCUUCAGCAACGAAGUUUGCUGAGGCAUUGGCAAAGGCGUGGACUGAGUAUGGCAAUCCAAGUGCUGUAGUUAUGGUUGUGGUUCAAGCUGGAGAACGAAACAUGUAUGACCAACAUUGGCUCAGUCAAACCCUCAAGGAAAAACAUAAUGUUACAAGUAUCCGGAAAACACUGGCAGAAAUCGAUGCACAAGGGAAGAUCCUCUCAGAUGGAACUCUUGUAGUGGACGGUGAAACCGUUGCAGUCGUAUAUUUUAGAGCAGGAUAUGCACCCAACGAUUAUCCUUCUGAGUCGGAGUGGAAAGCUAGGCUAUUGGUAGAGGAAUCAUCUGCCGUUAAGUGCCCGUCAAUCGCUUAUCAUUUAACUGGCACCAAGAAAGUUCAACAGGAGCUUGCAAAACCGAAUGUGCUCGAGAGGUUUCUUGAAAACAAGGAUGACAUUGCGAAGCUUAGGGAAUGCUUUGCAGGAUUGUGGAGUCUGGAUGAUUCAGAUGCUGUCGAGGAUGCUAUUCGGCAACCGGGGGCAUAUGUCAUGAAGCCACAAAGAGAAGGGGGAGGGAACAACAUUUAUGGAGAUGAUGUUAAGGAAACACUUUUAAGAUUGCAAAAAGACGGGUCUGAAGAAGAAGCGGCUUACAUCCUCAUGCAACGAAUCUUCCCAACUGUUUUCCCAACAAUUCUUGUAAGAGACGGUAUCGCCUACAAAGAACAUGCUAUAUCCGAACUUGGAAUAUUCAGUGCUUAUUUAAGAAACAAAGAAACAGUAAUUAGUAACGAGCAAUGCGGUUAUCUCAUGCGUACUAAAGUUUCUUCAUCAAAUGAAGGCGGUGUUGCUGCUGGUUUUGCGGUUUUGGACAGUUUAUAUUUGACUUAAACGUCUAAUAAUUUUCUGACUCAAUCGAGGUUUUGAUCCUUGCCGUAUGAAUUAUGUCGGAUACCAAUGUUUGCUACAUCUGCAACAUACUCGCGUUCUAUUCUUAAUUGCUUAUUGUAACAUUUGUAUAAUUGUCCAGGAAAUAAUCUCACCAGGUAUUAUAUUAUAUGUAUGAGUUGAUUACGUUUUCCGUCCUGUGGUUUGUUGAAAAUAACUAUCAUAGUUCAUUAGUUAAAAAAUUGUCAAAACUUUGUAACAAUUACAAACAAUAUUGUUUAAAUUACAAACUAAAGACAUGGCCCACUGGUCUAACAUCUACUUUUCAAAACAAAGGCCACGGUCAUUUCACCGAGACUUAACUGAAUAAAUAGAUGGAGUUAACGAGAUGAAUAGUAAUUGUUGCAAAAGUGAAAGUACCGAUACUGUUUGUUUUGACAACUUUUAAACUAAAGGAUUGUAAUGGUUAUUUUCAACAAAUCACAUGAACGGAAAACGUAAUUAGCUCUAUAUGUAUGCAUAUAUAUAGUUUGUGUGUGGAUCCAGAACGCGUUCAAUACACAACCAAUUUUAAGUAGACAA